AUGGAUUACUCUCAGCUUCCCAACGACCCUGACCAUCCGGUCGGAACUUCACCAUGGCAGAAUUCCCCGGGUCCCAACCGAAGCACCUUUCCUUCAGAAGACAGCACCCCCUCUUCCCCAGAAGUAUCAAAACAAUCGCCCUCCCUGCCUGCAUCGAGCCAGCAGCAAGAGCAGCAAAACAAUGCUCAAGUAGAGCGACCGUCGUCCACUCCUCCAGAUCGCGAUGCGCCGCUGUCACCGCAACAAAAUGGAGCCGGAAGGCAGCCUGCGAGAACGAUCAGUCAGAGCGUGCCAGAUAUACGAUUCCAAGGCCCACCAAUGACGGAGGAAGAGCUGCGUCAAGAGUCAAUGCGUCAGCAGAGGAUUCAGGAACGUCAUCAACAAUCUCUACACGCUCAACAACAUCAAAGAGCUCCAGGUCCAAACAGGUAUCAUGGCAAGCAAGGUCAAAGACAACCUCCAGCCUACAUGCUGCAAGCUAGAAUCACGACACUGGAAAGACUCGGAAAGAAAGAUCCUGCGAUACAUUUUGAUGUUCACACGAAUCUACCGAAAUUCCGAACUACGCAGGUCAGAGACAUCAAGCGCACACAUUCGGAAUUUGUCAAGCUAGCGGAUCAUCUAAUCUCGUCGAAUCCAGAGGCAUUCGUACCUGCAGUUCCACCUCCUCUGACUUCUGCCGGAGCUGGGACGGAAGAAGACGAAGUCCGCACGAAGAACGCCAUGCAAAGGUGGCUCAAUUACGUUUGCAGCAACGAUGUGUUGAUGAGAGAUGAUGAGAUGGUCUUCUUUGUGGAAAGUGAUGCUGGAUACAGUCCUAUGAUGAGGAUGAAGCAACCAGCUACUGGUGUGAGGAGGAAAGUCAUCAAGCAAUUUGCCCCGCCGCCGGACGACUCGCCUGAGCUUCAAGACUCGAGGCCGACAGUCAAAGCAUUCUAUCUUGGUACAAUGGAUGCAGGUCAGAAAGUCGAUCGAUUGGUAAAAUCUCGCCGGGGCCUUGGAUUAGCAGAGUCCGACCUCGGCGUCAAAUUUGGGCAAAUGCAUGUACAAGAGACUCAUCCGGGUCUUAGCAUUGCCUACCGCAAACUUGGAAGAAUUAUUCAAAGCACAGGUGACUACCACGCUGCUCAAGGAACCGCUGAAGCAACGACUCUCGCGGACCCACUGAAUUACCACUCCUCCGAUGCUUUCAUCGUUAAAGAGACCCUCACAAACCGUCAUAUCCUGCUGCGAGAUCUCCUUUCCGCCCAACAAGCCACCCGCAGCAAGCUCUCAGCUGCUGAUAGGCUUAAGUCAUCCUCCUCCGUCCGCCGAGAAAAAGUGGAUGAAGCAAUCAAUCAGCUUGAUGAGGCCCGCUUACACGAGGAAUAUCUCGAUCAAAAGACAAAGCGCGUAACAUCCAAUCUGCUUCAAGAGAAACGUCGCUGGUAUUUCCGCACGGCGGCAGAUCUUCGCACUAGCAUACGAGAAUAUGUACUUCGCGAGAUCGAAGCUGAACGCCGUGCCCUUGCCACGUUGGAGUCUGUUCGUCCUGACAUUAGAAAUAUCGACGCUUCAGGAGGACUUUCAAGGCUAGGCAGAGAAGCUCACCCUUCAACGAGGAGAGCGAAUAUGCAAGCUUCCCAGGGUCCGAGAGGCGAUGCAUGGAGUGGUGUUCCUAGACGUGAAGGUGCACUCGACAGAUCCACGAGUGGAUUGUCAGCUACAGGAAAGGUAGAGAAUGAUGCCGUCAAUGGCGAGGGUGGGGGGCGCAAGAGGGCUGCUAGUGGAGCGGGCAGUUUGAAAGGGGCCAAGGAAGAUGAUGGAGAUGAGGAUAGAGUGGACGCCAGAAAUGCGGCUAGCAGGCUUGCCACUAGUACAUUUUGA